UAUAAAAAAGUAUGUGAACUAGCACAGUGCGCUUACUACCUUACUUGUUUUAUCACUAAAGAAGCUAGUUGUUCAAAGAGGCGCCAACAAUUGAAGUUUAAACAAGUGUUUAAUAGCUUACGGAUCUGUGACCUCGUGGGAAGAUGAAAAUUGGUCGUUGUUUGAUAGUAAUACAGGCAGCAAUCCUGUCGAUUUCUCUAGUGGCGCACACACAAGAAAAUAAGAAUAGUUCUUUAGUGUUGAUUCUUGCACUUUUUCGACAUGGUGUCCGAAGUCCAAUAAUUACGUUUCCCACCGAUCCGCAAGCGUACUAUCCAUGGGACGGAGGACUGGAAGCUUUACAAUUGCAAGGCUUCGAACAACUAUACGUUUUGGGCACGAACAUGCGCAAGCGGUAUAAACAUUUCAUUCCUAGACGUGUAUCAAAGAUCAAACAAAGUGUUUAUGCUGUAAGUAGUUGUACUGACCGUUGUAUUGACAGUGCUCAGAGCUUUUUGGCGGGAUUUCUAAAAACGUCCAACAGCUCAACGAUAAGGCAACAACCAGUACCGCUGCAUGUUAUCUUGCCUGACCAAGACACCUUUCUCUUACAAAACAAAACAUGUCCAAAGGCGAAACAAAUUUGGAAACAACUAGAAUUUGAGCUGGAUUCCGAAUUUAAUUUGUGGUUCCAAGAAGGAGCGGCUUUACAAAACCUUGUUGCUGAGCAGAUUGGUGCUCCUGUAACAACACUGAGAAGACUUGCAUUGAUCUGCGAUGCGCUUGACGUGUAUGACAGUUUUGGUCUUGAGCAGCCCGGCUGGGCAUCCAAAGUGUUCCCAAAAAGAACCCAAGCCUUCAUGUUGGGAUUUUUGUUAUCCUACACGGGAAAUGAAGAACUGAAACGCAUUCGCGGAGGCGCGAUCCUUAAGGAGUUUCUGAAUAAGAUGACAACAGUUCGCGAUGGAAAAAUAAGAAUAAAACGAAAAAUGUUUUUCUAUUCUGGUCAUGACUUGACUCAGGUUAGUUUGUUCAACAGUAUCGGACUCAUAGAACUAGUCUCACGAAGACCUGAGUGCGGGUCGGCGGUUGUAUUCGAGUUACACAGAAGCAAAAUGUUUUGGAAAGAUCUGGAAGUGAGGAUGCUCUAUUAUGAAAAUGCCUACGUAACUAAUCCGAUGAAGCUUGUAAUACCCAACUGCCCCGAUCCAUGUCAGUUGACAAAAUUUGAGCAAUCGAUUGAACAUUUACUGUUGGAUGAUUUCGACAAAGCAUGUUUGUUGUAGUUUAUAUUUGGAGAAAAUUAACUAUAGUUUGCAAGUAACAAUGAGUCCCUUAAUACUUGCUAGUCAAAAUCACAGUCUUUUGAUCUGUACUGGAAAUGUAUUGGAAAGUUUCAUAAUGGCACCGUAAUCAUCGAAGAAGAAAGUAAACAAACAGAGGUCUUAAGUAUUGCUAACGA